UGAGAGGCACCUUUGUUUCACAGAGUCUACAUUGAUUUUUUUUUUUCUGAUAAAAGUGUUGAAAAUGAAGUUUCCCUUUAUUUUGCUGUCAAUUUGUUUGUUUUUUCCUGAACAUGGUGUGUCUGGUGUUGAGACAGAUGGAGUGUUGGUGUCUGUGAUGGAGGGAGAUUCAAUUACUCUACACACUGGAAUUAAAAAAGCCCAAGAAGACAGAAUUAGAUGGUAUUUCAAUGAGACUCGUAUCGCUCAAAUUAAUGGAGAUCCCAAUAAGACCUGCACAGAUGUUCAGUGUAAUGAAGGCACUGAGAGAUUCAGAGACAGACUGAAGCUGGAUCAUCAGACUGGAUCUCUGACCAUCACAGACACCAGAACCUCAGAUGCUGGAGUUUAUCAACUGAAGAUCUUCAGCAGCAGCAGCAUCAGUGAAAAGACCUUCAGCGUUUCUGUCCGUGGUGUUUCUGCUGCUGAACGAGAUGAAAUGAAGAGAAAGUCAGUGAAGGAGGGAGAAUCUGUCACUUUAGAUCCUGCUGUAAUGAAAAACCCAAAUCAUGUGAUGACGUGGUAUUUUAAUGACACGCGCAUCGCUCAAAUUACUGGAGAUCCCAAUAAGACCUGCACAGAUUUUCAUUGUCCUGAGAGAUUCAGACACAGACUGAAGCUGGAUCAUCAGACUGGAUCUCUGACCAUCAGGAACAUCAGAAUCACAGACUCUGGAGUUUAUGAACUACAGAUCAGCAGCAGCAGCAGCAGCCGUCGUCGUCGCCACAGCAUCAGCAGUGUAAAGAGCUUCGAUGUUACUGUCAUUAAUUCAGGUCCGUCUCCAGCUGCUGUAGCAGGAAUAUGUGUUGUUCUUCUGCUGGCGUCUGCAGCAGUUGGUGUGAUUUGCUAUCGCCGCAGGAGGACACUUCAUCUGGUCCCACAAGAAGAUUCCCUUGACAUAAAUCAGCAGAAAUGCACUUCAGCCUGUACUGUAUUUGGAUGAUACACCUUUUGCAUUUAAUACAGCAGCCAGUCUUUUUGAAUAUAUCUUGAUUCGGCUAUUUUUACUGCUCUUCCUUGCAAAAGAGCUCCAGACUGAUCAUAUUGUAGGGGAUCUCCUGUCUACAGCCCUCUUCGAGACAUUCCUCAAGUGUUUGGAUUGGAUUUAGGCCUGGCCUCAGACUCAACCUUUCCUCUUCUGAAGCCAUUCCUUUAUUGACUUAAAAUCUUCUUCAUCUUCAGAUUUUAAUGGAGGCCUGCAGGUUUUGUGCCAAAUGGUCUGUAAUUUGGUUUCAUCAGACAGUAACACAGUUUAAGGUAGUCUCAGGGGCCUUUCACACAGAACGUGUUUUUCCAUUCCACUGCGGUACUUUCUGAUUGUUUUUCUAUGUAAUCACAUGCUAGACAGACGUGUUUAACUGCAGCGCUCGCGUCUUUUGCAACAUCUUGCUCACAGCAUGGCAUUCUAAAAAUGUGGCACUUAAAGGCAGGGUAUGUGAUUUUUCAAAAACACUUUAGAAAACUGAU